AAUUACAUGAAACAAACAUGACAGUUCGGAAUAUUUGAAACUAUGUCAAGAGUAAAUUAUCCGAAAUACGGAAUAAUCUCAUAAUAAGUCAUGUGAUUAGAAGUUUGGCCAAAAUGGCGUCGAACAGGGGAAGCGUUAAGAUAGCCCCGGGUGCCGUGAUCUGUGAUGAGUGUGAGCUGGUUGGAGACAUCACUAUUGGAACACGGACCGUGAUCCAUCCGAAAGCUCGGAUAAUUGCGGAGGCAGGACCAAUUAUCAUAGGCGAGUUCAACAUUGUGGAGGAGCUGGUAGAGAUCGUCAACAGAUGCGAGGAGAAGGAUCACAACCAGCAGGUCAUGAUCAUCGGCAACAACAACGUGUUUGAAGUCAGCGCACAUGUUGAGAGUAUGAAAAUCGGAGAUCACAACAUUGUGGAGUCGAAAGCCAAAGUUGGCCGCCAGGUGGAGCUGACAUCAGGGUGCAUUGUGGGGGGUCUGUGUCAUGUGACCAGUAACGAAAAGCUCCCGGAGAACACGGUCAUCCAUGGGUCGAAUUGUGAACGCCGGACACAGAGGGAGCGACCACCGGCACAGACACUACAGAUCGACUUUCUAGCUAAAAUCCUGCCUAACUACCACUACCUGAAGAAACCAGCCAAGAUGGGCACUCCACAACGCUGAAGUGAAUAGGAUAUUGAAGGUGGCCUGGUGUUUAUUUCAAGAUACCUGACAAGCAUCGUGAAUCUCAGAGAAACUUGGCGAUGACAUUAUUUAUUGUAGUCCUUCAUUUCACCAGUAUAAUGUGCAAUAUUUCUGCUGUGUGUCUCCGCAUCUGUUACAGGCCAACUCAAGAAAUCUGAGUAUGAUAUAAACUCAACUACAAAAUAUAUUAUGUUAGUCUUUUUAAGUAUACUACAAAGGUACUUUCUGUUUCUUGGAUUUUAGGGGCGGUUGGGUAGCCUUGUGGUUAAAGCGUUAGCUCGUCACGCCGAAGACCCAGGUUCGAUUCCCGACAUGGGUACAAUGUGUGAAGCCCAUUUCUUGUGUCCCCCGCCGUGAUAUUGCUGGAAUAUUGCUAAAAGCAGCGUAAAACCAUACUCUUGGAUUUUAAUUGAUCUAAUAUUUAAUAAAAGAUGGAUGCUUCAGCUGUUUUUUGAAAGAUUUUUCAACUUUGUUUUAAUUUAAAUCCAAAAUAUAAAAUAUCAAGUUAUGCCUAGCAAUUUGUAUGUUCUUUACAGGAGUAAUAGCGAAAUGUCAGGAUGUUAAACUAUUUUUAUUUUUUGUCUAUUGUGGCUUUCGGAUCUGGUCGUCUAUGUCAAGCUGCUGUAGCAACUGCCUCGACUUCAGAAAUCUAUACUAGUAUACCAGAAGUGACAGUGUUCACUGUACGGGGCGUUUAAUUUGUUAUGUUAUUCAUUAUUCAUCUUAAAACUGUUACAUGAAUUCUUUGUUGAACGAAAAUAAGACUGGAGCCAUUUCACUUAAUCUCAUCAAAAUCAGAUCUUAGUUCUAUCGCUAAACAAAGAUCUGAGGACAUCCCAUUACGGGUCACGUCAGAACAACCUUUCAUCCGACCAAUCAAAGCGUCAUUUACCAGAUCGCGAAAGUGGCAGUCGGGUUGUGUUUUCUAAUCAUGCAACCAUGAAAACGUUAACACGGUGUGUUCUGAACGACAGUUACGUCCGUACAACUGAUUUGGUCGGAGGAGGCGUUGCACAGUACGUGGGAAGCCCUGCCAUACUAUCUCAACCAUAUAUUAGACAUUCCGGAAUGUUUGUUCAGAUUUCAAAAUUUUAAUUGAGAACUUUGUCAACAUAUUUUUCAAGCGUAGUCUGAAAUAGAGUCACAAGGUUGAAACAAGUGCCUUAAAGUCUCGAGAAAGCUGCUUUCUAAUUGGCUGAUAUCGACUUAUUGUAAUUAUUUCAGUGGUUGGUCAAAGUUUGCGAAAGGUCAUUCUGACGUGACCCGUAAUGGGUUGUCCUCAGAUCUUUGUUUAGCGGCAGCAAGAACUUAGACCUGAUUUUAAUGAGAUUGCAUUUCACCAAAGAUUUCACUCUGUAUGGUAACUUUGUGUAACUUAGUGUAGCUUCCUCGUCACAGAUUUGCAUUACUUACAUUUUUGUAUUUGAAAUUAUUUGUUGUUUUGAGGAUCGAUGCUGGUCUGUUUUAUGUAUAUUUAACUCUUUUCGUUCCAAGUUUUAGUGCUGAUAUGACACAAAUUUUAUGGGUCCAUAUGGAUUUUUUGGAUAUCAUAUCUGAUACAAAUCCAUCCAAGAUGUUGUGUCCAGAGUCUGUUGAACAUGGCGCAGUUUGUACCUGGCAAACAAGGGAAAUAACUAUCGGGGUGCAAAGUUCUGCACAUCCCUUUUCAAAGUAUUCUAAACAUUUAUACAUUCAAAAAAAUUUAUAUGGGAUCUGGUACACUAAAAAUAAAGGAGUAACAGCAGUAAAACUCACUUGGUGAUACAUUUUGUUACUUGAUUCCUGAAAGCCAAUUGACCAAUCACAAAUCGGAUGCCUUCAUUUCCAAAAAGAUCGGCACUUGAACGCCAAGGAAUGGAGAGUGUAGGUCCCCCAGCUUUUCAGUGUUCUGUCUUGCUUGAUUUAUAACUUAUUUGUAAGUUAACGGUAAUGGUCAAAGGAUAAAAAACAACUGCUUCAUUAAACUUUAAAAUUAAUACA